UGAAGGACCAAGAGCACUGUCCAAAGAGCCACACCCCCUCCCCAGCAGAGGAAUAGCCACCACCAUCAACACCCGAAGCCCCAGCAGCAGCAGGAACGAACUGCCAGUCACAAGGCACCUUGAGAGUUUCAGGAUGCAGAUGUCUCCUGUCUUUGCCUGCCUCGCCCUGGGCCUGGCCCUCAUCUUUGGUGAAGGCUCUGCCUCCUACCAUUACCAGUCUCCGGCGGCCCACCUGGCCACAGACUUUGGAGUGAAAGUGUUUCAGCAGGUGGUGCAGGCCUCCAAGGACCUCAACGUGGUUUUCUCACCCUAUGGAGUAGCCUCAGUCAUGGCCAUGUUACAGCUGACCACAGGAGGAGAAACCCAGCGGCAGAUCCAAGAGGCAAUGCAAUUCAAGACUGAUGAGAAGGGCAUGGCCCCUGCCCUCCGUCGACUCUACAAGGAGCUCAUGGGGCCAUGGAAUAAGGAUGAGAUCAGCACGGCUGAUGCCAUCUUUGUGCAGCGGGAUCUGAAGCUGGUCCAGGGUUUCAUGCCCCACUUCUUCAGGCUGUUCCGGACCACAGUCAAGCAGGUGGACUUCUCAGAGAUAGAGAGAGCCAGGUUCAUCGUCAACGACUGGGUGAAAAGACACACAAAAGGCAUGAUCAGCGACUUACUUGGCGAAGGGGCUGUGGACCAGCUGACACGCUUGGUGCUGGUAAACGCCCUCUACUUCAACGGCCAGUGGAAGAUGCCUUUUCUAGAGUCGAGCACCCACCACCGCCUCUUCCACAAGUCCGAUGGCAGCACUGUCUCUGUGCCCAUGAUGGCUCAGACCAACAAGUUCAACUACACUGAGUUCACCACCCCCGAUGGCCAUUACUACGACAUCCUGGAGUUGCCCUACCACGGGAACACUCUCAGCAUGUUCAUUGCUGCCCCCUAUGAAAAAGAGGUGCCUCUCUCUGCCCUCACCAACAUUCUGGAUGCCCAGCUCAUCAGCCAGUGGAGAGGGAAUAUGACCAGACUGACCCGCCUCCUGGUUCUGCCCAAGUUCUCCCUGGAGAGUGAAGUUGACCUCAGGAGGCCCCUGGAGAACUUGGGAAUGACCGACAUGUUUAGGCCAAACCAGGCGGACUUCUCAAGACUUUCAGAUCAAGAGCUUCUGUACGUGUCACAGGCGCUGCAGAAAGUGAAGAUUGAGGUGAAUGAGAGCGGCACGGUGGCGUCCUCCUCCACAGCCCUUAUAGUCUCAGCCCGAAUGGCCCCCGAGGAGAUCAUCAUGGACAGACCCUUCCUCUUCGUGGUGCGGCACAACCCCACAGGAACUGUCCUUUUCAUGGGCCAAGUGAUGGAACCCUGACCAUGGGAAAUGCAGCCCUCAUCUGGGACGGAACUGGAGAUGUCCAAGAAGAAGAAACUCCGGAGCAAAGAAUUUUUAUUUUAAUUCAUUUUUCUGGAGAAAGAGAAGAUAUUUACCUUUUUUUUUUUUUUUUUUUUUUUAAAUGGUAAAUCUUUCGAAUCUGCCUCUUAGACCUCCAGCUCUCCCAGGAGGGGGAAAGAGGACCUUUGAGUUAAACUCCCCAGUGGAGACCCUGGGAGAGACCUCGGAAGCACAAUGCCCCGAAGGUCUCCCAACAAGACUGCAGAACUCCCAGGAUCAUUUGCGCAGCUGCUUCUGCCCAUCGCUCUGCCCGUUCGGGUCUUCGGACCCGGAUUGCACUGAGGCCCUGG